GCCUUCGUGCUUGUCACUCUUUACCCAGGUUCUUGAACCUCUUCCAUUCUUUCGCUCCUUAGCAUCCAUCUGUUCUGUGACCCGGGCCGGUCCUUUUUACAAGUAUCUUCGAUUCUCUUGCCGCUGGCUUCCACUGGAUAACCCAUCAAAAUGAAGUAUCAAACCGUUGCUCUUCUGGCUUCCCUCCUCUCCCUGGGCGUUGCCGCCCCGGUCGCCGAAUGCGUUGCGAAGACCACCAGCUCUUGCACCGUUAUCACUACAACGAUUACAACAACGUUCUCUCCGUCCGCGUGUGUCGCUGCACCGACCGCCGCAGCUGAAGCCAAUAAUGCUAUUCUUACUGCCGCCGUUAUUACGGAAGUGAACGUCCAGGUUUUCACCGGCACGCUCGGCGGCCCCCCGCCCCCGGUCAUCAGCGGCACUGGCACUCGCCCGUUUACCGUCAACGGAGCCACCUUCGUCGGCCAGGCCGCGGCGCUCGGGCGCAGUUGCGAUGUGCAGCACAACGCGUGCGCCAACGCCGCCAACUCGGGCCAGCUGUCGGGCGGAGUGGCCGCAUGCGACCAGCAGAACAAUGAGUGCCGCAGCCAGAUCAGCUCGGUCGCCUCCAAGCGCGCCCUCAACCUCGGCAGCUGCAGCGACACGACCAUCGUCUUCCAGGUGGGCCUCGAUGGCCGCAGCGGCGCCGCUUUCAUCGCCUCGAACCAGCGCGACUUCAACCACGGCUCGGCCCUCAAGAUCGGCGUCAUCGCCGACUUCAUCUGCCAGCGCCUCGCCUCCUCGUGCAGGGCUCCCGCCGACGCCAUCGCCGCCUGCGCCGCCGCCAGCGCCGCGGCCGUGGCGGCGACCCAGGACCAGGCCGCAGCCGACGCCUUCAACAGCGUCAUGGGCGGCACCGGGGCCGUCGCGGCGCCUGCCACCACUGCUGCUGCCACCCAGGCCGUGGCCGCUGUGCAGACCGGGAUUGUCGUCCAGACUAUCACGUCUUGCACGUAAUGCGGAUAUUUCAUGGUUGGGCUCGGCGCUAUUCCUGGGGGUAUCAUGGAUGUCUUAUAUAUAACGCCUGGCGGAGACGAACCAACCAGCCCGUGUCUAGAUCAGAACACUGGUUGAAUGAAUGAAUGACUGUCCUGAUCUUACCCAGCUUGCCUAUGACGUGG